AUGAAGGUUUCCGCUGCUUUGGCCUCUUUGGCCCUUAUUUCCUCCUCAUUGGCUGCUCCUAUGGCCCACGAGCACCACCACCACAAGAGAGAGGCUGCUGUUGUCUACGUGACCCACACCGUUGUUGUUGAUUCAAACGGCCAGUUAUCCACAUUGAACGCGCAGGCUGCCGUUCCAACCACUGACAGCUCGGAGUCUUCUGUUACUUCGACGCCUCAAACUACCUCGAGUUCCUCUUCUUCUGAGGCCAGCGCAACCUCGAGCUCUGGCUCGAGCUCUGGUUCCUCGUCCAUCGGCGGUGACCUUAGCGACUUUUCGGGCCCGAACGAGGAGUUCCAGGAUGGUACCAUCAAAUGUUCUGACUUCCCAUCUGGUCAAGGUGUUGUUGCCGUUGACUGGUUAGGAUUCGGUGGAUGGGCUUCCAUCAUGAAGGAGGAUGGCACUACUUCCUCUUCUUGUGAGGACGGCUUCUACUGUUCUUACGCUUGCCAGGCCGGUAUGUCCAAAACGCAGUUCCCAUCGACCCAACCGUCCGACGGAAAGUCGAUCGGUGGCCUCUACUGCAAAGAUGGAUACCUUUACAAAUCCAACUCGGACUCUAACUACUUGUGUGAGUGGGGUCAGGACACUGGUUACGUCGAGUCCAGCAUCGACCAGAAUAUUGCUCUUUGCAGAACCGACUACCCAGGUUCCGAGAACAUGGUUGUUCCAACUCUGUUGGAGGCCGGUGGAAAGGCUCCAUUGAGCGUCGUCGACGAGGACAACUACUACCACUGGCGGGGAGGCAAGACUUCUGCUCAGUACUACGUCAACAACGCUGGUGUCUCUAUCGAGGAUGGAUGUGUCUGGGGUGACUCUUCGUCUGGUGUUGGUAACUGGGCUCCUUUGGUUAUUGGUUCUGGCUACACCAACGGCAACACUUACUUGUCGCUGAUUCCAAACCCUAACAACAAGAACGCACCAAAUUACAACGUCAAGAUCGAGGCUACCGACGGCUCCACCAUCAACGGUGACUGCUCCUACAUCGACGGUAACUUCAGCGGCGACAACACCGACGGAUGUACCGUCACUGUCACCCAGGGCUCUGCCGUUGUCAAGUUCUACUAG